AGUUUUUUACAAUGUAACGCAUCACAAAGUUCAAAGACGCCACCAGUCUUACUCGAUGUUGUAAUUAAUCCACAACCCCAAGAAGAAGAAAUAAUUUCUACUCUUGAUAUUACUAUUUCCGGAAAAUUUACGGAAGACGUUACCAAAAAAACCUUUACUGUGGUUGCAUUCGUUAAUGAAGCAACUCAACAACUCGCAUUCCCCCCCACUAUUUUAGAUGCUUGCACUGGAAGUGAAUGUCCAGUUAAAGCUGGUAAAAACUUUAAUCAAACGGUGAAAGUUGAACUUGAAAAACUUGAAAAACGAUCUGAUUAUCUUAUUCCGACCAGAAUG